AUGUUGAAGUCAAUUGCAACUCCGUAUUUACCAAUUCAAGAUGAAGGAACAGCUAAACUGUUAUAUACACAUGCUAAUUUCUUGGGAAUACCUGUAAAUAGAGGGCAACCAAAACUUGGUACAUAUCAAGGGCCUGAACUUAUAAGAAAAUCUGAUUUUUUUGAACGUGUUGCACAAGAUGGAAUCAAAAUCACAGAUUGUGGUGACGUUAAACCGGUUGAAUUUUCUGAAGCUGAAGAUCCAAAACGAUUUGGAAUGAAAUGGUCAAGAAGUUUUACAUCGACUACUGUGAAAAUAGCUGAACGUGUAGAACAAAUAUUAAAAACUUCUACAAGAAAUGAGUCAAGUGGAUCAAAACCAUCACCUUUGGUGAUUGUCGGUGGUGAUCAUAGUAUGGCGACUGGUACAAUUCUUGGACAUGCAAAAGCUAAACCUGAUGUUUGUGUACUAUGGGUUGAUGCCCAUGGUGAUAUAAAUACACCGCUUAAUUCAAAUACUGGAAAUAUUCACGGGAUGCCAGUAGCUUUUCUGGUAAAAGAAUUACAGCAUCAGAUACCUUGGUUUGAGGAUCUAGAGGGUAUUCAGCCUUGUCUCAAAGCGAGUAAUAUCGCAUAUAUUGGUCUGCGCGACUUGGAUGAUCAUGAAACAUAUGAUAUUCGGAAAUGUGGUAUUGCACACUUUACAAUGCUUGACAUUGAUCAGAUGGGCAUAGAAACAGUUAUUAAACAAGCAUUACAAGCGGUGAAUCCAAGAUUAGAAAGACCAAUUCAUUUAAGCUUUGAUAUUGACGCUUUAGACCCUUCUAUUGCUCCAAGUACAGGUACAGCAGUUCCAGGUGGAUUGACACUACGUGAAGGAUUACGAAUAUGCGAAGAAAUUUCAGCAACGGGAAAGCUGUCUGUUGUCGAAAUGGCUGAAUUAAAUCCUCUAUUGGGAUCUCCAGAAGAUGUAGAGAAAACACAACAAACUGCUGUGCAUAUACUAAGAGCAUGUUUAGGACAUUGUCGUUCAGGACAUUUGCCAUUCAAAGUAAAUUCAUUAGCUGAAGAAGGUAUCACUAGCCGAGCUGAACAUAUGCGACCACAGUAAUAUAUAUAUAUUCUUUAUUCUUUUUUUCUACUAGAAUAAGUCACAUAAACUGACUGACUUGUUAUAAAACAAAUAUUUUGUGAUCUAUU